AUGAGCAGACCCGGGGAUUAUGACGCCGUCCGCAAGGACAUCAUUGCUCAGCUGAAGAAACCCGACUAUGACGAUGGCAGCGCAGGUCCAGUAUUCGUACGGCUCGCAUGGCACUCCGCAGGCACAUAUGACCUCGAAACCGACACCGGCGGCUCCAACGGCGCCGGCAUGCGCUACGAAGCCGAAGGCGGCGACCCAGCCAACGCAGGCCUCCAGCACGGACGGGCCUUCCUCGAGCCCGUGAAGGAAAAACACCCCUGGAUCACAUACGCCGAUCUGUGGACACUAGCCGGCGUCGCAGCAAUCAAGGCCAUGGGCGGUCCCGAGAUCGUCUGGAAGCCCGGACGCACCGACCUCGUCGACGACUCCAAGGUGCCCCCGCGCGGCCGGCUGCCCGACGCCACGCAGGGCGCCGAGCACCUCCGCGCCGUCUUCUACCGGAUGGGCUUCAACGACCAGGAGAUCGUCGCGUUGAGCGGCGGGCAUAACCUCGGGCGGUGCCACAGCGACCGGAGCGGAUUCCAGGGUCCCUGGGUGAACAACCCGACGCGGUUCUCGAACCAGUUCUUCAACCUGCUUCUGAAGCUGGACUGGAAGCCGAAGACGUUGGAGAACGGGGUCAGUCAGUUUGUGUAUGUGGAUCCGGACGCGGAGGAGGGCGACGAGCCGCUCAUGAUGCUGCCGACGGAUAUCGCGCUCAAGACGGACCCGGCCUUCCGUGUCUGGGUGGAGAAGUAUGCGGCCGACAAGGAGCUGUUCUUCGACCACUUCGCCAAGGUCUUUGCCAAGCUGAUGGAGCUCGGUAUCAAGCGUGAUGAGAACGACCGCGUCGUCAACUCGGAUAAUCUCAAGGGCGGCUACAUCUCGGCUCCGAAGAAGAGCAAUCACCCUACUGGGCCGGCCAAGGGUGCCCAGGGUGGAUGCCCCGUGGCGCACGGCGGAUGCCCUCGGGCUAAGCUAUAA